UUUGAAAAGUCUUCAAGUCAUCGUUGAGGUUUGCAAUUUCGACCUAAACGACUUCCUUUUCAAAAUUCCACAUUUACAAUGGUAAAUGUAUUUAUUUGGUUCACCUGAUGCUUCGUCUUCCAACAUGAUUCAAAUGAUCUACAAUAAAUCAAGAGAACUUAUUGAAUUCACCUUUAUGCUUUUCACCUGCCAAAGAAACCUAUUGCUUUAUAAUAGACUCCAUUUUCGUUUAGCCAACGUUCGUUGUAGGUCUUAUCCUUAGAAUCAAUGGCUUCUAAUCCUACUAUUUGCGUGAAGGCCUUGGUGGACAAGGGAAGCAACAAGAUUAUUUUCGUGGAGUCUGGUAAUGAUUUGGUUGAUACUAUCUUCAGUUACUUGACAAUCCCCAUGGGAACAGUUAUCGAGCUUGCUCGUAAACAUUCAGAUCCUGUGGAAGGAUUUCUUAGAGGACCUGCUAUCUUCAGAGUGACUGGCAUUCUAGUUGUACGAGUGAUAUCUCCAAUCCUUAAAAUCUCUGUUCUUCAAGAAUUACCUUUCACUGACAUCGAGGAUCAUACCGUGCAUGUGGGCAAGAGGGAGGCGUUGCUUCUUUUGGCGGCCUCAUUUAUCGGUGAUUCUGCUCUUACCAAUACCUUCAUUUCAGAGCUUAGGGAGCCAAAGCAAGAACAAUGAGGAGGGAUUGGUUACACAAAGAAGGGCUUGCUUUUGUUGUUACUGCACAGGAAUCCACAGUAUUUCCUGUUUGUCUGAGACUAAUUUUUAUUUACAUGGUAACAUUUGGGUUUGAGAUAAAGUGAAAAAUGUGAGAUCUAGUUGCGAAGGGAGUUUGGACCUGGUUGGCUUUAGGCCAGUUUCGGUUAGUUUCUGUCGAAUAUGUAGGGUUUGGUUUGUAUUGUGAUGAAGAUCGGUUGUAUCUAGGCGAACUUUGUGAUAUUGUUCAGGUCUGUACUUGUGGAUCCUAUUUUUAUUAAAGAAAUAAUUUAAAUGUGAUCUACAAAAUAUGAUCUCA